GGCUGCAGUGGUGGAAUUGGAACCGUCGUCGCGUCAGUUUUCGCAAGCGUUUGACUCACCUCGAUCGUUGACAAGGAGUAAACAGAUUGCCCAGCGAUUGGUCGUAUUCAACCCGACUCGCGUUGCGCCCAUCCAGCACAGGCCUUGCCAGGGCCAUUCCACCUGCUGACCUUCCCUCCAUGCCUCGCGCUCACUCACGCCACUGGCGCGGAGAUCUUUCGACAAACGGUUGUUUCCCAUCCGCCGACAGUUGGUCCUAGCAUUUACAGCUCCUCCCACGAGCGCCUCGGCGAGGAGAUAUUCCCGCGCGAGCAGAAUCAGCGCCGCUGCGAUCCGCCAUCCGUUCCACACUGGUGGGCUCUCCCCGCCCCUUCCCGCCCUCUCCUGCGGCUCUCCGCACCUUGCCUCCGCCGCAUCCUACGGCGCCCCGCAGGGCCGAUGCAUCGCCGACAGCGAUGCUCACCGCGGAGUCUUCCCCGCGCGCGGCAGAGGGGCGAUCCAGAUGCCUGCUUGCUGGGUUCCUUGCGCGCGCCGUUAUCGCGCGCGCGACUGGAGGGCGGAGCCUGGCGGAGGCGUGAGAGGCUCUUAUCACGGGGGGAGGUGGGGUGACGAGGGAUGGUUUUUCAUCCCUCGAGGCGAGGCGAGGGAGCGCGGGAGGGCAGCGGGACGGGCGGAGGUGCACAUGCAGAGGCAUCAGGAGCCACCAUGAUCGUUUCGGUUCCGCAUCGUUCAUUCCAUGCCAUCGUGGCAUCACGCCAUGGCAGCCCUAAAUCGCUAGGCUAAAGCUGCGCGAUUCCGUGCUCCCAGGCGCCGGAUGUGGUUUUUAGUACCCGUCCGGUGGGUCCUCUAUGGCGGGCUGGAGGCUUUCACGCCUGUGGACGGCACUGGAGGGAUCUCCCCCAAGUUGUGGCUCUCGUAUUGGCAGAUUCAACCCGCAGACUCGCGAGUAGCGAACCUGUGCGAGAACUCGCACCGAUCACGCGUUGGGCCGCAACACUAGGAACGUCUCCGCGUGCUAAGCCGAAGCACCACAACACUCCCUCGGCCCUGCAGUUACGAUUAUUCCGCAGGUCUGAUCUACUCCGUCCGUAGCCGUCGAUCCCUCCCCCCUGCGUCCGCCUUGCCGGUUUCGUUCCUCCCGCCAUCUUCACCUCAUUGGCGCUCCCAGAUAGCCCGUGGAUCUAUGUUUUCGGAAGCCGGUUCCUUUGAUUUACACUAACCGCGAGUUAAGAGCCAGACUCUGCAACCUUAGUCACUCCGGAUUCCUGACGCUGCUUCGGAUCCGCGCAUUCUGUGGACCACGGGGGGGGGGACACGUUGGGGCUGGCGACGAAGUGGCAGGCGACGCUAUGACGGACGAUGAUGCGCGCGACAGGGCCGCCGCGGCUGCCGCUGCUGCUGCGGAGGAAGGUGACAGCAGCAACAGCAACAGCAACAGCAACAGCGGCUGUGGCGACGCUGAUGCUGAUGGUGAUGGCGCUGGCGACGGUGACGGUGGUGCGGCGGGCGAUAGCGAGUUGAAGAAGGGUCUGUGGACGGCGGAGGAGGACGCGAUCCUGGUGGAGUGCGUGCACCGCUUCCGCGAGGGCAACUGGACCACCAUCGCCACGCGCUCGGGCCUGGCGCGGUCGGGCAAGAGCUGCCGGCUGCGGUGGGUGAAGCACCUGAGCCCCGCCAUCCGCCCGGGGCCGCUGUCAGAGGCGGAGCAGCGGCAGGUGAUCCAGCUGCAGAAGAGGUUCGGCAACAAGUGGGCGCUCAUGGCGCAGCACAUGCCUGGGCGGUCCGACAACGCCAUCAAGAACUUCUGGAACUCUUAUAGGAAGAGGAUGCAGCGGAGAGUGAAAGCCGCUGCUGUGGCUGCGCGGGACGGGGGGGAUGGAGAGGGUGGUGGAGGAGGGGGAGGAGGGGUGAAUGGUGGAGGCGUGGGGGAGAUGGGUGGAGAGGAGGAGGGGGAAACGGCGGAGGGAGAGGGGGAGGGGGAGAAAGAGCAAGCGGCGCAGCAGCAGGGGCAGGGUGAGAAGGAGGAGCAAGCGCUGGUGUGUGCCGGACAUUUUAUGAUGACUCCAGCACCAGCAGCAGCUGCAGCAGCAGCAGCGGCAGCAGCAUCAGGAUCAGCAGCAGCGUCACCAAUACUGUUGCUGCGCCCAUCCACGGUGCAAGCAGCACCACCUGCUGCUUCUCAAACGAACCUGGGCGCUCGAGCGUUUUCCAGGGCAGCGUCAGCAGUGAACGCAGCGAGCGCCAGCAGCAGCAGCGGCAUGCACCCCGCGGCUCUCCUCAAGUCGCCCUCGCUGCCGGGCCCCCGACCCUCUUUGCUGGCGCCCCUGCCCUCGUCUGUCCCCUCGUUCUCCUACUUAAAGACGUCUGCUUCGUCCUCGUCCCUGCUCUCAAUGCCUCUGCCGCACGCCACUGCACCAGCCACUGCAUCCCUCGCUGCUCCUCUCAGGGGACCUCUUUCUGCGGCACCCUCUGCUCCUCCCACUGCCACGCCCAUGCUGAGCCGCGCUGGGCCAACAGAGAGUGCAGGCACGAGCCUUCCACCCGUGCAAAUGGUCUCGCAAGCGGGGUGUGCGCCUGCGCUGCUGCGAGCGGGGGACUCAGGUGCUGGGCCUCGCGCAGGGACACGUGCUGCCUCGGUGAGCACUCCUGCUGCUGCUGCUCCGCUGGUUGCUGGAGUACCUGCUAUGUCGUUGCCCGCAUCGUCUCUCCCUGACUACCUCGGCGCAGGCGUGGGGCACUCGCCUCUGCUGGAGCAGCUGAACGCGCUGGGAUUCAUAGAGGGCGGGGGAGGGCCACGCGGGAGAGGGGCAAGCACAGCAGGCGCAGGCGAAAGCGACGGAGGCGCGUACGGGCCAGCCUCAGCAGGGGCUGCGGUUGCAGGUGCUGCUGCUGCUGAUGCUGGCGGUUUGUAUGGCAGUGUCAACCAGAACAACGGGGUCAACAGGGUCGAUGGGGUCAACCAGGUGAACGGGGUGAGACGAGUGAGCUCGCAGCAGUUGCUGACUUCAUCCCCCAUGUGCCUGCCCCAUCCAGUCCCGCCAUCAGACCAGCCCAUGCCCCUGGCCGCCCAUCCCUUGGGCCUCGCCAUGCGCAGGCCCCUGUCCUCAUCCAACGCCACUCCCCUCGCCGCCCUUCCAUGCAUCCCCCCGCCCCGCUGCACUGCCAUGCAUGCCCACACCGCUCUAACCGCACCUACUCUAGUGACCCACGCCCUACCAGCUUACAUGUCCGCACCAGUACCAGCACCAGCAGCAGCAGCAGCCUCCAUGCGUGUACCAGCUCCCAUGUCCGCGUCCGGGAACAACACCCCCUGGAGCCACUGUGUGCCAGCGCCUGUCACAUUGCCCGCGCCUGUGCCCCUACCCACGUGCAAGUCCCUGCCUGCCUGCAUGCCAGCGGUACGAGCGCAGGCAGGAGGCAGUGCAGGGCACGGGGCGGGCACGGUUGUGAGCUCUGCCCACUCGCUCCUUGUGCUGCCUGAAGGCCAGCCUCACGGGGCGCUGCUGCACACUUGCUCCCAUGUGCUGCCCGCCUCUCACCAGCCGCAACAGCAGCAGCAGCAGCAGCAGCAGCCGAAGCAGGGUUUGCAAGGGCAGUAUCAGCAGCAGCCGCAGAAGCAGGGUUGGCAAGGGCAGUAUGAGCUGCAGCAGCCUGUGCAUCAGCAGCAGCAGCGGCGCCUUGCUGUGUCCCCCCUGUGCGGCAGCAACGCGCGAGACCUGGCUCUCCGUAGGAGCAGCACCCUGGCUUGUAACGCGAAUGGAACCCACCAUCGUCCCUCUGCGGCUUGGGACUCUAACGAAAGACCAAACCUCCUCCAGUCAGCUCAAGAUGGUGGCAUUGACAGCUGUGACUAUGAAGAGGGCGCUCUGAUGCUGACAGGCGGCAUGGCGGAAGGAGGGAGUGCCGGGGGCGACAUGGAGUGGGAGGGACCUGGUGGGGCAGAGGCGGAGAGAAGGGAAGAGGGUGGGAGAGAGGGCGAGGAAGGAGGGCAGGAGGAGGGGAUGCGGGGAGAGUGGCAGGAGAGGGAAGAGGGGGCAAGGCAGGCGGGCGAGCUUCAGCGCUUGUGGCUUCCACCGUACCUGGACACGCCCCAGGGCUCCUCCCCGUGCGGUUCAGUGAAUCUGGGCGCGGUGGAAGCCGCCUUUGACGCAGAGAUCCUCGUGGCGCUAGCAGAUGAGGUCACCGGCGCAGAGGGAGGAGGGACUGCGCCCUCUCCUGCUGCUGCUGCUGCUGCUCCUGCUGCUGGUCCUACUGCUGCGGCUGCUUCUGCCUGUGACGAGCAGGGGAAGCUGCUGCUGCUUGCGCUUCAUGGUGAGCCACAGCAGCAGGGCGGUGGGCAGGAGCAGCAGUCUGGCACACAGCAGCGCAGCCAGCAGCAGCACAGCCAGCGGCAGCACGAGAGCGAGUUGGAUCCGGAGCAGAGUGUGUCCGGCACCCGCUGCUCGCCCUCCACUGCCGCCUCACCUGCCGGUGCGCCAUGCAUGGGCGAACGUACGCCCGUGUCCAAACGCACGUCGCUUUCCAAGUGCACACCGUUGGCUGAGCGCACACCCGCGUCUGCCAGGAGGCCUCUGUUCUGCAGACGCAUUGAGGAAGAUGAGGGGGAGCGAGUUGGCGCGGUGGGGAUAGAGGAGGCGAGGAAACCGCCAAUGUAUUCGCCAGUGGCACUGUCGCUGCUGCUGCUGCAGCAACAGCAGCAGCAGCAGCAGCAGCAGCAGCAGCAGGAGGAGCAGCAGCAGCGGGAGCAGCAGCAGCAGUCCAAGUGUAUUCAAGUGGACAAGGGUGACGCAGGAGGCGAGAAAGAGUGUGGAGGAGCGCUUGAUGGCUCGCAGCAGGGCUUAGAGCAGGCUGCACUGGGGACGGCAGGCGAGGGCCUGGCUGCGGGCAUGUGGGGGUGCAGUGGUGGCAGGGAGAGGGACACGGUUUCUCCUGUGCACCGACAGCUACCAGUGGCCGUGGCAGUUGCCGUGGCGGGGUGCAUGGGGACAGGGGAAGACGACAAAGGGGGGGGUGGGGAGGGCACGGACAUCAGUGGGGAGGGGCUUAUGGAUAAGGGAGGACAGCAGAGGGCUGGGGUAUGUGGGAGGGACUGGGAAAACCGUUUGCUGGCAGGCGUGGUUGAGGAAUCUCAGGCUGCGCCAUUGCUGGGCCACACAGCAGCAGCAGCAGCAGCAGCGGUGGAGGCGGCAGGUCGGGUGAGGGGAGCAGGGACAGUGGAAGCAGCGGGCAAUCGCAGCAUCACCAGAAGCACCUGCAUCAGCAGUGGCACCAGCAGCAGCACCGGCAUUCUCCCCAGCCCGCCCACGCCUGCUGUGGUCGCCUGCGCUCUCGCCUCUCUCCCCCACGCCGCGCUGCCUGCCGCCCGUUGUGUUCCCGGGCAUGGGGAGUGCGGGCGCUGCUGAUGGCGUGGACGCCCUGGGCCGCGUGGGGGGCAGGAGACCCCUGGGCGCUGUGGGCAUGCUGGGUGGUGCGGGAGACGUGGGUGGCAGGGGUGGCAGGGGCGACUUGGGGCAUGCGGGGAGUGUGGGUGGGGUUAGUGGGCUGAGUGGCAUGGGUCGCAUGGCGUGCAGAGAUGGUGUGGUUGAGAAGGGUGGGGCAGCAGGUCGUAUGGGCGUGGUGGGGGCAGCGAGGAGGGGGCAGGGCAUGGGGAUGGCAAUGAGGAGGAGGGCGUUGAACGGCGCCUCUGCUGCCACCCUUCCCCUGCCUCUUGCUGCCGCCGCUCCCUUCCCUACAGCUACCUCCAUUCGUGCUGCCCCGGCCAUUGCUCCUGCCAUACCUGCUGCUGCUGCUGCUGCUGCUGCUGCUGCUGCUGCUGCUGCUGCUGCUGCUGCUGAUGCCACGCCUGCUCAUGCUGCCACCCCCUUUCCACCAGGAGCUGUCGCCACAGCUGUGGUUACAGCUCAAGAUGCCGUGCAUAGUGCAGCCCCUACAAAUGAACCCCAAGAUUCAGAAGCAGCAGUGGACCCAGAAACCAAGCAGUCACCUCUGCAACUACUGCCCAACCCCUCCUCCUCCCACCAACCUCCUGCCCACAAUUCCUCCCAAACUACCACCCCUCUCAACACCCUCCACUCCACUCUUACCCCUGCCCCGGGCUCCGAGCUGCCUCUGUCCCACCGGCGGCUGCAGCAGCUGCAGGAGGCGAGGCGCGUGUGGCAGGCCAUCCUGGACAGCCCACGUGGCAUGUGCGCCGCCCUCCGAGAGUGCAUGCCGCCCUCGUUGCGCCAGGUCACUGUUGAUGUCACCACGCCACUGUUCCCGCUCCCGGCUGCUGAGGCUACCAUACCUUCUCCUGACGUCACUAACCCAGCUGUCUUCACCGAGAUGAGGCAUGGAGGGGACACAAGGGGGAUGGAGGGGGGAGGGGACACAAGGG